AGUUCUUACUGAAACUUUAAAACAUGUUAGAACUUUAAAUUUUAAACCGUUUGGCAUUUAAAGUCCCAGCAGUAGUGAUGAAGCGGUUAUGUUGGCGCUAAGUGUCAAGUUUAAUCCCCCACAAGUGAAACUUGUUUCUCAGCACAGCAACCUUGUUAUUAAAUGUUUUUAUAGUGGAGAGGUUCAAAAAGAUAAAUUUAUAUUUAGAACAGCGAUUAUAAAAACAAGCAAAAAAAAAAAGAAACAAAAAGAAACAAAAAAGAGUAGUCUUCGCGACUGUUGUCUAGUCAAAUGUACUGAAUUCUUUGCUUUAAAAGAAAGUUCAUUCAAGAAUUUUUUAAAUCAACAAAAACGUUCAGUUAUUGUCGAUCAAUCUAGCAAAUGGCCUGGUGGAAUUGUACCAUAUCAGUUUAUCCCAGGAAGUUUUCGCAUCAUGACUACAAGCGAAAUGGAAGCAGCUAAAAAAGCCAUGUUGCAUAUUCAAAAUCAAACUUGCAUACAAUUUAUACCAAGAACAAAUGAGCAAACUUAUUUGAAAAUCGAAAGAGUUAACAUGGAACCGUGCCAGUCUCCUGUUGGAUAUUACUCAGCUGGAUUUGAUUCUAUGAAGUUUGGUGGUAGUUGUAUGCAGUUAUCUGUUAUGGUUCAUGAACUUUUGCAUGUUUUGGGAUUUGGUCAUGAACAUCAAAGAGUUGAUCGUGAUAAAUAUAUAGUGGUGAACUAUACCAAUGUGCAAAGUGGUUUUACAAAUCAAUUUGAUCUCGAUAAUCCUACUUACUUUGAUACUCAAGACAUUCCAUAUGAUAUAAACAGCAUCAUGCAUUAUCAAAAUUUUGUUUUUUCAAAAUUUUUCAAUUCAAUAACCAACUCGAUUGUUUAUGAAAAAGAUUUUAUGACAAUGUAUGCAUUGUCCACGUAUACGCUACCAUUGGGUAAUAAUUAUGGUCUGGCUUCAAGCGAUAUUUUAAGGAUUGCAUUGAGAUAUAACUGUAGUAUAUUGUCAACGAACCCUACGGCAACGGCAGUUUCUACUGUGAAAUUGACUACGGAAGUUUCUACUGUGAAAUUGACUACGGAAGUUUCUACUGUAAAAUUUACAUCAAACGCCCGUGUCAUUUUUUCCAAAAUUAUAUUUAUAUACUGUUUGAUUAUUUUCUUAUUAAUUUAGUGAAUAAAAAUUAUUUUUGACGAUUUUUUAAAAUUAUUUUUAUUCGUGAAUUUUGUGAACGAAAGGUGAAUGCUUUGAUAUAUAUUUUGUUUUAUACUUUUUAUCUUUUUGUUUCUGAUUUCUAAGACUUUGCAAGAAUGUUUUUUUAUGUUGAUUAUUUUUUUAUGUUGAU